AUUUUUAUUUUCAGGAUAAUGGUAGAGUUUCUCGGCUUUAAAGAUACUCAAACAAACUUAAAGGAAGGCAUACUGGUGGAUUACUAUGUAUCUGGACUCUGUUGGGGAAAAGAGAACAAGUUUAGCUCACUGCAGUUGACCGGAUUAAUUGGGCUGUUACAUUUCCUCAUGGAGAAUAUUGAAACCAGACACUUAUCCCUAGACGAGAAUAUAACUGAGCUGGCAAGAGCGAUGGCUGGAAUAGGACACAGCCUACUGAAGGCCAAUGGGAAGCUCUCUUUCUUCAGUGUUGAACAAGCUAAAGAUAUAAUUGACUACCUUAAAAUGAGUUUUUUUCAGCAUUAUAAGCUGUAUGAAUGCAUGUGCGUACUUCCAAGAGAUCAAAAGGUUAUAGGAGCAAAGGUAGAAGUGGAGAUUGCUAAGCCGGCAGAAACACCAUUUCCAGCACCACUAGAAGAAGGAAUACCCUAUGAAAUGUACAUACAGUUUCUAGCCCCACCAGAACCAGAAGAAGAAAAUACAAUGGCUGAGAUAAAUGACAAUUGACGUGCCUUCACUGCAGAAAUAGAAAACUUGAAAAAGCCACAACUUUCUCAGAAAGCUUCAUGGAGGUUCUAAAGUUGUAAUUCGGUGAAUUGUUUAAGUUUAUAAAAUAUUUUAAAUUUUGAUGAAAAAUAAAUUACAAUUUUGGUGUAA